AUGAUCGGAGCCGGAGAUGAUGGGAGAUCCUCUGGUUUUGGCGUGCCGACGAGGAUCGGAAGCCCUCCCGGAAGAUCAUCUUUUGCGGAUGUGGUCAGCAACGUCGUGUCCCAGAACGGCUCUUCAGCUCAUAGUGUUGCCAGGGUAUUCACUUCAGAUUCCGCAUAUUUCAGCUGCGUGGAAAGUGGCCUCGACAGGGAAGUUCUUGGAAAACGCAUUGGGUUGGAGUUCAAGAUGUUGGAGAUGCUCCCCCGCUUCUUCUUCUUCGUUGUAUGCUUCUGCUUAUUCAUUGCGAUCCAGCAGGUAGAGUACGAUCCGACGAACUUCUCUGGCAUUCACUUGCGCUUGGCCGACCAUUUCCACUUGGACACGGUAUUCGGUAUUCGGCAGAUCCCCGAGCUCAUCGAGUACCUCGACACGUUUGUAGUCUCCAACGCGCAACUAGAUCCGUUGAAUAUAUACCACUGGUGUGCCGAUGACGAGACGAUCCCACUCCCUGUGAACAGGAUCCGCUGCAAGAGAGAUGAAGGAAGUCUAGAGGACAAAGCCUUCCUUGAUCACUACAACGUGUACAACAAGAGGAUCCAGGAUGCAGAGAGUGAUGCUUUGAUGAGCAUGGUUCAGGAACUCCGGCAGUUUACCAUGAGCUGCUCGGCCAGGCGGCUGGAAGAGGAGAAGAGCAACGUCACUGGUGCGAAGUCGCCCAAGGCGCCACGAAAGCGUGAGAUAUCAGUGCCGUUACGAUCCCCGCACAUGGCAUCGAAGGAAGCAGUCUGGACAACGAGUUCCCUGCACCCUCUGGCGAACACAUCAGGAAUCGUCGGCUUUGCCCUGAAUGGGGUUCUGUUGAUCGGAGCCCAUCACGAGCGUGGCCAUGCAAUGCCAACUUCUUGGCACUUCGACGACUGCGGCGGGCACGUGGAUGUAAGUGGACGUUACCACUAUCAUUUUCCACCAUCCUGCUAUUUGUCGGAUCAAGGUCUGGUGUCUCCUGGUCGACCGGACUGGUGGACACAACCGGACCCACUUGCUUUCUGGCCGCUGCUGUCGAAACCUUCGCCUGUCGUUGGCUACGCUUUGGACGGCAUCCCCAUCCGUGGUCCUUACGGGCUCGAUGGACGUCUGGUUAACAACAGCGAGCUGGACGAGUGCAACGGACGAUCAGUGAUGAACGAGAAUGGUGUGCAGGAAUACCACUACGUUUGGUCCGUCUCUGAGCCGUUUCUUCCCCAGUGUAACGUGGAAAGCUUCUACGGGCCUUUUGCUUGCAGCUGGUUGGGCAACUGGUUCAGCUUAGCGUACAGUUGGCAGUUUGCAGAAGUCGGCUUUCCUUUUAUAUGUCAGUCACGCAACGUGGAGAAGGAUUGCGAGUCGAACUUUGUGGACAGCUUCAACGCUCAGGACCCCAACCCCGUCUACCGGGAGCCCAUGAAUGCGCCCCGCAACUCGAGCAUCCUCCGCUGCCGCGGGGAGGAGUACUCCACAGAACCGCAUUUGGGCUACGCCCCUACGACACGGGACGCCGUUCCGUACUACUGCGUUUUUGUUUCUGCCGACAUCCUGGCCAAGAUGCGAGAGUUCGAGUGGAUUGACGACCUCACUCGCGACGUGUUUGUGGCAAGCUUCAUUUACUUCCCUAAUGCUGACGCCAUCUCGUUGAUGAGGUUGGACUUCUACUUCUCAAACACAGGUCGAAUCAUUUCAGACAGAAGCAUCAACACGCACAGUGUCUUGCAGGACGCGCCGCGCUGGACGACGUACUUGGUCCUUCAGAGCAUCUUCCUCAUCAUAAUUUAUGCUCGGAUAUCAUUCAUCCUGUUCCGCUGCUGGCGAGUGAAGGGACGACGCCGCAUAACCUACGACUGUUUGUUGACAGUUCUGCUUGGUGCCUAUGGGACCAACGACAUCCUGUACCGAGUUCUCGGUGAGGACACGACCAUGCGAGGUCUGCUUUCUCUGAUCGAUCAGAUUUUGGACGUGGACGAUCCGCAGAGCCGUUCCACUGUCGAGAUGGUCAUAUCAGGGUCUUUCGAGACGUUGAACGUCAUCAAAGAUGCUGUGGCCUACCAGGAAACGAUGAAGCUCCUGGCAUACCUGCUGGUGUUCAUGUGCCUGCUGCGACUCAUUCAAUAUAUGGAGGUCCAUCCGCGGGUGGAUCUUAUUAGCCGCACGGUCAUGACAGCUUCUGGUGACAUGUUCCACUUCUUUCUCAUCUUCUUGAUUUUCUUCGCAAUUCUGGCCUGGUUGGCUCAUUGGUCCUUUGGACCAGACAAGGUUAUGUUCUCCACGUUCCGCAUCUCCGCCAACACCUGCUUUCAGAUGUUGAUCGGCGAGUACCCGUUCGAGGAUGAGUGGACUGAAGGCUGGCUGCAGAAGAUUUGGUAUAUUCUGUACACCUUCCUGCUAUUCUUGGUAUCCUUAAACAUUCUGCUGGCCAUCAUCGUCGAGAGCUUUCUCAGGGUCAAGCAGGAGACAGAGGGCAGGCUCGAGGUGAAAAGCCUGGUGAUGGAUGUUCUCGCCCUGCCAUUGAAAGCGCUGAUGGGCUUCCACCACGGAUGGCCGACCACUCGUGCCUUGCGCAUCCAUUUUGAGGCAACGCGAUUGUGGAAAGAACCGGUGACUGCAAAGGAAUUGGCAAGGUCGCAGCAUGCCCACUUCCGCGACAAGGAGUCUGCAGCCGAAUUCUUGCGGUACAACCACUGGCUCUUGGGAUACAAUGUCCUCGAUGAAAGAGGGCGCCAGUAUGAGGACUACAAGAAGUUCCUCUGCGAGUUCAUUAGCGGAGCCGGGCGGUGCUCAUCCCUCGACUUUGACAUGCAGACCUUGCAGCGACAAAUCCUCAAGAUCCAGGCUGCCAUCCGUCGCUUCCUUGCUGCGAAGCAGAUGGAGAAGAGAAAGAGGCAGAAACUGCGCAGCUUGGAUCGACGCCCAGAGGUGGCGAAGGGAGUGACCUCAGCCAAGCAGGACUUGACCGAUGCUUCGGCCAGCGUCAUUCGCGAGUUUGGCCAGCGGUUGGGUAUCAAACCUUUGAUGGUGGAAGCUUUGCUGCUCAUGCGCACGGAGAGCGUCGCAACGUCAGGCACGGACACCGAGGAGAAUACAUGGACUGGUUCGGAGAGCUUAGCUUCUGCCGAUGAUGAUGGCUCUUCGAAGGAUCGCUCCACAGAAAGGCCUUCGGCGGAAAAGUCCUUGACUCUCUUCGUCUGA